AUGUCAAGAGCGAAGCCAUGGAGGUCAAAGCCUACCUUUGUCUUUGGAGAACUUCUAAACGCUACUAAGAACAAGACCUUCUAUCUUGUCCAUGAGCCUGGGCCCACCAAUUUGGUGAUUCAGGAUGAACAUAAGAAAAAGAAUAAAGUUCAAAUUGGGUCAAUCAUCAGUUGAACAUGUGGAGGUGGCCAAAAAGAGCACUGAAUCCAUACAAUAUUCGCGCUUCUCAGAAUAUUUAAAAUCCCAGAAGAUGAGCCUCUGUUGUGGCAACUCAGUUACUCAGACAGAGAGAUAAACAAGAUUAUCCAGAAUCGUGAACGAGGUAUGUUUAGACUUCGUAAUGGAGAAGAAGUAAAGACCCACACAGGAUUUCUGACAAGAAAGACUAAGAAAGAGGAGAAAAAGACUGUCAAAAGAGCUGCCAUCGAAGAUGACGAACCAUGUUGCAUCUGAUUCGAUGAAAUGCUUCCUGAUGAGAACUUAACUUACUGUAAAUAUGGCUGUGGGCAUAAUAUUCAUAUGGACUGAGCAAAGCACCUAGUGAAGCAUAAAUAAGUCAGAGAAAAAGCAGAUUCUUUGUCCUCUCUGCAGAUGUAACUGGGGAGAAAAUGCCCUUGAGGAGCUUGUAAAGGAGUCCAGGAUUUUCAGAGCUAAUAAAAUUGCUGAAGAGAAUGAAAAAUUAAAGUAAAGAGUUUUCCAAAAAUAUGCCCAAGUGUGUAUCCUGUAAUGAGCAUGCAGCAGAUGCUUAUACCUACAAAAAUAGAAGCGUUCAGAUUUUCAGCUGAAAUAUUUGUAGAAACAAAUGGAUCUGCAAGAGCUGUUAUGACCAAAAGAAGGAGAUUUUCAAAGACAUUCAGAAGAAAGAUCGUAGAGAGAAACAAGAGAAAUCUAUGCAAAAUAAUGAUGAGUACCUUAAGAUAAUGCAAGAGAUCCAGACAAGAGAUCUCUCAGCUAAUGACUACGACCUUUUACUCAAGCUUGAUAACCAAAAGGCUAAGAAUAGUGAGAGAGAAGGAGCUAAAUGCAAAUUCUGAGAAAGCCAUGAAGCUGAAGAGCUCAAAGAAAAUGACCUUUCUGUGCUAAAUCUACCAUGAAAUCAUUGCUUCCAUAAGUAUAUGGUGCGAUAUAUUGGAGAUAAGAAAGACAGAAAAAGUCAAUUCAGGAUGAGCCAACAUGCCAGAAAGGAGUAUAAUAAAAAACUAGAAGAAAGCAAAGGCCCUGAAUUUGGCCUUGUAGGUUUCGGAGUCACACCUAUGGAGAUUUCUAAAGAAGUUGAUUCUAAAACUUUAUAUACACAAAAGAAUCGGAAAAAUGCUAUUCCCCACAAAUAUAAAUCAGGCAUUAACAAGAGGUCUCAUAGAUCUUCGAACAGUGUAAAGCCAGCACAGAACUUGGAUUUUAAUCUAAAUGGAAAAAACAUAGGUGUACAGGAAAUAUCUCCAACCUUAAUGAGACCUCCUCUACCUGGCAAUAAACCCCCUAGAGCAUCUAAAGGCAUUUCCAAAAAUAGCAAAGGAAAGAGUCAAUUGAACAGUAGAGGUCGAAAGAGAGAUUUAAGUGACAUCAGGAUUGGGUUCAACAACACUGAUAACCAACCAAAAGCUAAAGGCCAUAUUCCUACAAAGAGGAUGAACAGGACCAAGCUGAGGAUUGCACGAGAUGUUCAGGCAUUUAACUCUUUAGAAAGCUCCAAGAUGACUUACAGCAGGAAGGACUCAAAAAGAGAGACUCUAGUCAAGGACCCGCAGACGAUGAAUCAAGAUCUGAUCCAUGACCAAGACAAUCGAAAUGCUGAAGAACUAGAGGAGCUAUUCCCAGAGAUCAGAUCAAUCACGAAUAGUUCUCAAAAUGAGACUCACUAUAACAGAGAAGAAAACAAAGAGGUUUGUGUUAACAACCAAGAAAUGAAGCCUGAAGUAAUGCCAAUUAUGAAGAAAUUUACUGACUCCUCAAGGAUUUGUGAAGAUCAAUUCAGCGAUAUAUGACCAGAUGAAGAUGACUUUAAGCAGACACCAAGAGAAGAGGAGAAGAAAGAAACAUUUGAAUAUCAAAUUCCGACAAAUCCUAUUGUUAAAUUAAAUAUUACCAGAAAUCCCUCUUCUGGUUCUCAUGCUUCUACAAUGCGAAACACUGAACCUGAAAACGAGCCUUCAAGCCUAUCUCAUAAUAUGAAUGUUGUAACACUAGGUCAAGCUGCUUCAAACAGUGAGAAUACAGCAGAUUCAGGAAAUAAUGAAAACAUUGAGGUUAAUACUGCUCCAAGCUUGAGAAUAAGAAAGAAACCCAAAAGGAAAAUACCUGCUCCAAAACCCCCAAAAAUAACAAAGAGAAGAGAAAACAAUAACUUCGUUCCAGAUUUGGCAGGGAAGGGUAUCUGAGGGAUAGGGAUUUCAUAAUUUUAAUCCAAAUAUAAUUCAAUA